UCCCCUGCAUCUCCUUGCAACUAACAGCAACCCAUCGUCCUCUCUACUAGCUAGCUACUCAGUGGCUCUCUCGCUACUCGCCCAUCAUCUGCUUCAAUUCCUUCUUCUUCCCAAGCAAAAGAGCAAGACCAUGUCGACGGUGAGCCGUGCAUCCCUCGAUCAGAAGCUUGCCCUCGCCAAGCGAUGCUCGCGAGAGGCGACCCUCGCAGGGGCUAAGGCUGCAGCUGUAGCGACCAUCGCCUCUGCAAUUCCCACGCUCGCGAGCGUUCGGAUGCUGCCAUGGGCGAAGGCCAACAUCAACCCCACAGGCCAGGCACUCAUCAUCUCCACAGUCGCCGGGAUGGCCUACUUCAUCGCUGCCGAUAAGAAGAUCCUGUCGCUAGCGAGGCGCCACUCGUUCGAGGACGCACCCGAGCACCUCAGGAACACCUCCUACCAGGGCGCCGGCAGGCCGCACCCGGCUUUCUUCAGGCCAUGAUCGAGCUUACUGCUGGAUCGGAGUUGAUGAAUAAACUACUUGGCCAACAACUGCAAAUCAAUCGACGAUGUGCUCAGAGACUCAGAGCAAUUGCAAAUUUUAGUGCGUGGGCCAUUUAGUUUGUAUUAGGUGUACUCUAAAUUAUUAUGCAAGCAGUAUAUUGUAUAAAAGUAUUGUACUUUGUGUUUCUCAAUCCAGAACUUUGUCUAUCCGUAUAAUAGAUUUGCCAA